AUGGCUGCAGCAACGCUCAUUCGCAAGGCGCUGCCACAACUUGAUGACCCCGUGGUCGACUAUCUGGACGGGUACAUCAAUGAUGCUGCCGACGACCCUACCGAGAACCUCUUUGAGUCUGUGGUGAAACCGAUGCUCGAAUCGGCUUGCAUCUCGGAUCCUUCUUCCUCGAAACAGGUACAUGAUCUGCUUCCCAGGCUGCUUGAGCUCAUUCAGUCAAAGCUUUCAGACGAUGCUGGCGUUGCCAACGCCUCUGGUCUCACCCGUCUCGACAAGGUCGUCGAUAUGCGCAAUACGGAAAUGUCACGUACAUCCGGCUUCGAUUCCGCCGGCGGCGUAGAUAUCGCGCUCGGAACUACCAAGCAGAACCGUUCCACUGUCGACGUCAAGAAGCUCGAAAAGCAGGAGGCCAAGACACGUGCCAAGCUCGCCAAGCGUGCGCAACGCGAUCUAUACGAAUCGAGUAAGCUGGUGGAGCAAUCCAGGCAGCAGGCGAGCUACGAAGAGCUUUUCCUCAAAGUCAACCCGCUCGAAAGCAUCGGAAACAAGGGCAAGAACAAAGACAUUCAUCUACCCAACAUCGACGUCAACUUUGGCAGCAAUCGCAUCCUCUCCAACGCUACGCUCACAAUCAAGGCUGGACGCAGGGCUGGUCUUAUUGGUCGCAACGGUGUGGGCAAAUCCACUCUGCUGCGCAACAUGGCUUUGCGAGAGAUCCCCAUCCCCACGCAGAUCUCGAUCCUCUACGUCGAGCAGGAGAUCGUCGGUGACGAUACGUCGGCCAUUGAGAGCGUUCUCAAGGCCGAUGUGUGGCGAGAGAAGCUGAUGCAGGAGGAAGCCGAAAUCAAUGCCGAGCUUCAGAAGCUCGAGGAAUCUGCUGCAGCUGCCGUUGCUGCUGCCAAUGCCGCCGCUGCUGCGCAAGCAAGUGGCACUGAUGGCGACGACGACGCUGCUGCUACUGCUGGUCUUUCACGUGGUUCGGCAGUCGACAUGCCGACGCGACAACGUGAGAUCAAGCGAGAAGAACUCUCGUCUCGCCUCGGCGAAGUGCAAGCCAAGUUAGUCGAUAUGGAGGCUGAAACCGGUCCAGCACGAGCCGCAUCGCUGCUCAACGGUCUUGGUUUUAAGACGGAGGAUCAGUCGCGCGCAACAAAAACCUUCUCCGGUGGUUGGAGGAUGCGUCUGGCGCUCGCACGUGCCCUGUUUUGCAAACCGGACUUGCUCAUGCUCGACGAGCCUUCGAACCAUUUGGACCUUAAUGCUCUCGCCUGGCUCGAAGACUAUUUUGUCAACGACUACCAAGGCACGCUGUUGGUCGUAUCGCACGAUCGGGCGUUCCUCAACCGCGUCGCCACGGACAUUAUCCAUAUGCACAGCGAACGGCUAGACUACUACAAAGGCAAUUUCGACCAAUUCUACCAGACGCGCGAAGAACGACGUCGCAAUCAGCAGCGCGAGUACGAGGCGGUGCAAUUGCAGCGUGCACAGCUGCAAGCAUUCAUCGAUCGAUGGAGGGUGAAUGCCAACCGUGCCGCGCAGGCGCAGAGCAAGAUCAAGCAGCUCGAAAAGCUACCCAAUAUCGAACCUCCCGAAGACGACGAUGUGGUACACUUCCGUCUACCCGAGACGGAUAAGUUGCCAUUGCCUUUGCUCCAGAUCAGCAACGUCACGUUUGGCUACCGACCGGAACGGCUCUUGCUCAAGAAUGUCGACUUUGACAUUACGCAGCAAUCGCGUGUUGCGGUAGUCGGUCCUAACGGUGCGGGUAAGUCGACGCUGAUGAAGUUACUCAUGGGAGAGAUCACGCCUUUGCAAGGAGACCAGAAGCGAAACAGUCGAUUGCGUGUCGGAUUCUUUUCGCAGCACCAUAUCGAUCAGCUCGAUCUGAACGCGAAUCCAGUGACGUUUCUCGCGUCCAAGUAUCCUGGCAAGACCGAGCAGGAGUACCGUUCGCACCUGGGCGCUUUUGGAAUCAAAGGCAUGACUGGGCUUCAGAAAAUUGCUACGCUGUCCGGAGGUCAGAAAUCGCGUGUCGCCUUUGCACACAUCUCCAUGAUGCGUCCGCACGUCUUGCUUCUCGACGAACCUACGAACCACUUGGAUACAGAGGGUCUCGAUGCGCUCUGCGAGGCUAUCAAAAAGUUCAACGGCGGCGUCAUCUGCAUUUCGCACGACGAAACUUUCAUUCAUAACUGUCUCGACGAGUUGUGGGUCGUCGACGACGGAAAGGUCGAAAAGUUCCACGGCGAUGUCGCAGAGUACAAGCGCAUCAUCUUGUCCAAGAACAAGGAUCGCGCCGCUCGCCCUUGA